UCAUUAUCAGACUGACAGAAGCGUCUCUCUGAGCCACGCACCUCCAUAUUCUACUAUAAAAACAGAAGCACCCAUCCAUGCUCUCCAACAAGCUUGACGGACCGCGUCGAGGACGGUCUUUUGACUCCAUCAACAAGAGCUACGAAGAGAAGCAACUCAACAAUGAGUUGAAGAAAACUACUUUUCAUAAGACAGAUGAGAACAAAGACAAGAUACGUUCCUCCAAGAGAGAACAUGCUGCAAUUGUCUUCUCUCUGAAGAAUGAAGUCGGAGGGCUUGUGAAAGCAUUAAAAUUGUUUCAGGACAGCCAGGUUAAGCUUUUGCAUAUUGAGUCACGUAAGUCCCGGCGGCGUAACUCAGAGUUGGAAGUACUGGUGGAUUGUGACAGUGAUCGAGAAACUCUAAAAGAUAUCGUUCAGCUGCUCCGCAAACAAACAAGCAUCAUAACCAUGGACUCACCUGAUAAGUUCUGGACUCCUGGAAACGAUCUUGCUGAGGUGCCUUGGUUCCCCAAGAAGAUCUCAGAUCUGGAUAAGUGUGCCUGUCGUGUUCUGAUGUAUGGUUCAGAUUUGGACGCCGAUCAUCCGGGAUUCAAAGACAACAUUUAUCGUAAGAGAAGGAAAUAUUUUGCUGAUCUUGCCAUGAGUUACAAAUAUGGAGAACCUAUACCACGUGUGGAGUUUACAGAGGAAGAGGUGAAGACGUGGGGUGUUGUUUUCCGGGAGUUGAAUAAGCUGUACCCCACACAUGCCUGUCGAGAGCACCUAAACAACCUGCCUCUGCUCACCCAGUUCUGUGGCUACAGAGAGGACAACAUACCACAGCUGGAGGACGUAUCCAACUUCCUGAGAGAGCGAACUGGCUUCACCAUUCGCCCUGUUGCUGGGUACUUGUCACCGAGAGACUUUCUAGCUGGUCUGGCCUUCAGAGUGUUUCACUGUACACAAUAUGUGCGUCACAGCUCAGAUCCUCUCUACACUCCUGAACCGGACACAUGUCAUGAGCUGCUGGGUCAUGUUCCUCUGUUGGCCGAACCCAGUUUUGCACAGUUCUCUCAGGAAUUAGGACUGGCUUCUCUCGGGGCGUCUGAUGAUGCUGUGCAGAAGUUAGCAACAUGCUAUUUCUUCACGGUGGAGUUUGGCCUGUGUAAGCAGGAGGGUUCACUCAGAGCAUACGGCGCUGGGCUUCUCUCUUCCAUCAGCGAACUUAAGCACUCUCUCUCAGGCUCUGCUAAAAUCCUGCCCUUUGAGCCCAAUAUCACCUGUAAACAGGAGUGCCUCAUCACCACCUUUCAAGAUGUUUACUUUGUUUCGGAGAGCUUUGAGGAAGCCAAAUUUAGAAUGCGUGAAUUUGCAAAGACAAUCCAGCGUCCAUUCUCCCUGCGGUAUAAUCCAUACACACAGAGCGUGUGUGUGCUGAAGGACAUGCCCAGCAUCAACGAUGUGGUCGAGGAGCUCAGACACGAGCUGGACAUUGUAGGAGACGCUCUCUGUCGACUCAGUGCACACCUUGGCGUCUGAAACCAUUAUGACUCUAGCUCAUAUUAAUAGCUUUUAUUCCUGCUAUCUCUUAUAUCAAAGCACGUUACUCAACAUUCAACACUGCUGCAAUAGUAUUAUCUCAUUAUCUGCCUUCUCUGACUGCAGAGGUGAAUCACUUGUAAUGUGUCUGUGAGCACCUUUCCUCUGCCAGAUACCACACAGCACUUAAAUAUCCAAACACUGCUUUCAGGAGAGUCUUUAAUUGCCCUUUAAAUACACCAACCAGCUUGGAGUCCUUGACUGCUAUUCAAACACCACCACAGCAAAAAACUACAGCCGUCACAUUAUAUCAUGAUCACUAUAUUCAUACAGUCUAUAUACUCUAACCUCCACUCCACUCCAACUUCAAUCUCUGUAAAUACACAGGAAACACGGAAAUGGUUCGUCCUGUAGAGUUUAUAAUCUUUGAAGACAAAGCUAAGGUUUGAAAUGCACUGCUACAAACAUCAUAUCUUGAAGCUUUCACACAUUUGUGUAAUAGUUGUUAAAUAAACACAGCCUAAACUAAAACUUAGAUGACCAGUUAAAGGCCUUUGUUGCUUUCUCAACAUCAAACCUACUGUUUCUUCUAGUAAAUGGACCCAUUGAUUUCUUACUAUGAGCUGAAUAAUUUAUUUAUUGGUGUUUGUGAUAUAAAAAUAUAUAUAAUAACUAAAAUGUUUCACCUUUUUCUUAUUAUCCUGAUGUGAAUCUGAAACUGUGGUGUGUAUAUUGUGUGUUUUGUCUUCUGAAGACUGUAAUCGUCGCUGCUUGUCCGUAGCCAUUCAAGUUUAUGCUUACUGAAUGCUAAUUAAGUGAUUCUUAUAAGGAGAGAUCAAAAUGUAAUUAAUAAAUGUAGCCACCUUUUAUUAAAUUAUUUGUUAGCAAACUCAAUCUAAAUGAUAAAAAAAAUGAUUCGAACGGUAUUAUUGAAACAAAGUAGCUCAUAAAACCCACGCUUCUGAUAUAUUUGUUGCCCUGUAAACAUCAUUCGCUAGAAAGUGUAGUUACUGUACCAUGCAGUGUGAUACUGUAGCCAGCAGAGGGCAGUGCAGUUGUAUUGCAGUGAUAUCUCAGUAAAACUUGAAAUUCAGGUAAGAAAUCCCAGAGCUGUGUUUGCAAAAAUCA